CUUGUUAAGUUGUUUAGCUCACGUUAAUAAUGAACUAUUCGUUUCAGUUUAGCAGAGGGACGUGUUUCAGUAAAUGUAAAUUCAAAUAAACUUGGAAGAAUCCUCUCCUGUUUAAGUUACUUCUCUUGCUAACAUUAGCCACUGCCUCGACAAACUCAGUAGAAAUAUCUGACACUUUACCAGUGCCGUGCUUAUGGAUAAUGUUAACAUUUUCAGACCAUCUGCCUCUACAUCAACGGGAGUUAAGAACCAGUCUUUUUGAUACAAGCUGUUAUUUGAGAAUAUAUUGCUGUUACUUUAUUAGAUUCCUCUUAUUAACUCAGAAAGCCCGUACAAUGAGGCUGGUCAUUCUGAACGACUAUGAUCUGGCCAGUGAGUGGGCAGCAAAAUACAUCCGCAACAGAGUCAUCCAGUUCCAGCCCUCCGCUGAAAGAUACUUCACCCUGGGCUUGCCAACAGGGAGUACUCCUUAUGGCUGUUACCAGAAGUUAAUUGAAUACUACAGAAGUGGAGAUAUUUCAUUCAAGUAUGUGAAAACCUUCAACAUGGAUGAAUAUGUAGGUCUACCACGUGCUCAUCCAGAGAGCUACCACUCCUACAUGUGGAACAACUUCUUCAAGCACAUUGACAUCGAUCCGGCCAAUGCUCACAUCCUGAAUGGAAACGCAGAGGACCUGGAAGCAGAAUGUCAGGCCUUCGAGCAGAAAAUCGCAGAGGCCGGAGGAAUUGAGUUGUUUGUAGGAGGUAUUGGCCCUGAUGGUCACAUUGCAUUCAACGAGCCAGGCUCCAGCCUUGUUUCCAGGACCAGAGUGAAAACCCUGGCUAAGGACACCAUUGUGGCCAACGCUCGCUUCUUUGGUAACAACCUCUCCAAGGUUCCCACCAUGGCCCUCACUGUGGGUGUAGGAACUGUCAUGGAUGCCAAGGAGGUGAUGAUUCUGAUCACAGGAGCACACAAAGCCUUUGCUCUGUAUAAAGCCAUAGAAGAGGGCGUCAACCACAUGUGGACGGUAUCAGCCUUCCAACAGCACCCACGUACCAUCUUUGUCUGUGACGAGGACGCAACGCUGGAACUCCGAGUCAAAACUGUAAAAUACUUCAAAGGUUUAAUGCAUGUUCAUAACAAGCUGGUGGACCCAGUGCUGAGCAUAAAGGACCAGUAAAACAGAGAAGGUCACCAAGGAAGAGAACUGAAGACGUCAAGAUGGUCAGAGGUCCCUGGAUCCAUCAUGAAUGGACAGCAUUAUUACUCUGGUACUGUUCUGUGCCUCAGGAACUACUGAGCCAGUGUUUGAGCCACUUUCCUGACUGUCUACAUUGUUUAUUUAUAGACUUAAACCGGCUUUGGAUAAUGUUCACCUCAGACAGGAAAGUGACCAGGUAUUUGGUAUUUUAGUGGAGCUUGUCCCGCUGAGUUUCUUUGUUUAGCAGUUUGCAUUUAAAGAGAAUGAAAACAGUACAGUAUAUACUUGAUAAGUUUUCUGAAUGUUAGCUUUGCUUUUUACAUAACUGAUUCAUCCCCAACUAGUGACUGGUCCAGAGGAAGCAAAUACAAUGUGUAUAUCGGUAAGAUCUAUCGAACUAAUGAGCAGUUAUGGAAGUAACUGAACUCAAAUGGAUGUCAUCAAAAGUGACCUUUGUCUUUGGUCAAACUUUCUUUGGUAUGGUUUUUGCAUUUAGGUGUACAAGGAACGUGAUCUGUGAGCUCCUGUCAGCAGCUCCUCGCUUCUCCUUCACUCGCAGUCCCAGUCACAGCUGCCCAGCACAGCCACAGUCCUCCACUGCUGGACACUAAAUAAGUCCGUGUUGAACCAUCUCUGACGUUUACUUCAGUUUUCAAAACAACAGGCUCUUUAAAUUGUGACAAAAUAAUCUCAACUCAAGGUCCACUUAUUAGCUUUGCCAGAGCCUGCAACUGUAUCAUAGGGUCUUGAAGAUGUAAUUUCUGAGUUUUCUUAGAGUAUAGAAUUUCAGUCACAGGUGGUUGUAUAUAGGGGGAAAUAGUAAGCUCUGUUUUUGUUCAAAGAUGGUCUCUGGUGUCAGGUGUGAACAUCCUUGAUCUUUCUCUGGUUAUCUACUGACUACAGGUUGAUGAGGUCUGACCUUUUCCAAGUGGAUGCUUCGAGUGGUCGCAGACCGCCGACAUCUUUAGCAGUGUUAAUCCAUUCUCUUGAAGACGAUGUGAUGUGGUUGAAAGCUCUGUAAGGCAAGUUAUUGACCCUUGAGUUGAGAUUAGUUUGUCACAUGUACUUGUGACACCAUGUUUAGUUUUUGUUUUGUUUUUUUUAAAGGCUUUUUAUGGAUGUAGGGUUUGUAGCUCCACUGCAGCAGUCGACUAGCCCACCUCUAGACUGCUCUCCUGUGCCUGCUAAGUGAAUGGUUAACAAAGCGUAAAAUUGACCUGGAUGACAUUGUUGCCCUCACUGACUGUCGAAGUACCGUCAGAGUUCCUUUCAAAUGCAACAGCAUCUUGGUUCAUGGUAAAUCUAUUCAUCACUUUCCUUGUAUAGUCAGGAUCCUUUUACAGGCAUUGAAAUAUUUCCAGUGUAAUAAUAUGAUUUGUUUUCAUCUUUCGUGUUUGGUUACAACAUUCCUUCCUUGGUUUUCUUUUAUUCUUUUGUCACUCAUCCUUUUUACAAGGCUGUUAUGUUGUCUUUUUGUAAAUACACAGUGGCUUGUAACCCUUUUAUUUUCUAAUGACAAUUAAAACUUUGCUAAGAA